AUGUAUUCAAUCAUCUUGGUCCUGCAAAAGUUUCUAGGUGGAUAUUUCAAGCCCACGAGCGGUGGACAGCGACCUCAAAACAGAAAGGCACCACCCUGCUGUGUCUCCUUGGAUACAUCCCUGCAUCCAUUUGAAGAUUUGCCUUCCACCUAUGAUCCCUCAACUUGGUGGUUAGAUGGCCAGGUUUCUACGUAUCCCCAUUUCCAGGAUGGAGAGACAAUUCGAUAUCAUGUGAAAGUCAUCAAGCAUACCCUCUUUCGGUAUAUUUUGGAAGGAUGCAAACUCCUUUUGGAAAGAGCAGACAAUCAUUCGCUCCUUCCCUCAAUGAACCAGCACGAGUUACUUUGGAAAGCAGCAAUCUCCGUCCACAAAUAUGGGGUUUUGUAUCUAGCCGCUCGCUGGGAGUGCCGAGAAGACUUCCUGCCAACGGUAGAAUCCAACCAUCAUCUUUUUACAGAAAUCGACCUCUUUCUCUCUUCCAAUGACAAUGCCAUUCGUGCUAUCAACUAUGGUGUCCAUCGACUGGUCAAUAGUUCCAUCUUCACUGUGGACUACCAGACAAGACUCAUUCCUCCUACGGCCAUAUCAGCAAUUGGCGUAAGCCACAUUGCAGUCCGGGUACGGGAUUUCGAGGGAGAUAGUGUCCACAUGCUAGACAAUUCGUCUGCCAUUUGGGACCUCCACGAUUUCGCCCAUCUUUCUGCCGCCUCGGUAUCCCCUAGUCUAUACGGCUCAAAAUACUUCACGCAUCUCAUUAAGCUCCCAUCCGAGCUGACGGCUUUGAUCCGCAGCCCCAAAAUGAAGACCGCGGACCCUACGCCUCGGUACUCGGAUGGAGUUGUCUUCAGUGAGCUUCUCACCAUCCUCUUCACAUCCGAGAUAGAGGCGGUGCAAAAAUCGGAGAAGGUGCAUACUUAUGUAUCCCUCACCGAUACUUUGGCCAAAUACGUUGCAGAUUAUCUCAUGGGGAGGUGUGAGCUGCAGCAUCAGACCACGGGUGAAAUGCUGACAGUGAAAAAUCCCAUACGUGCUGUUGAGUUGGCAACCCUAGUGCAGAACAAAGCUUAUGAACUGAUGGCUAGCGAGAUUGAACAGCGGGUGUUCACGAGAGGGGGUCCUGCCGGGGACUCUAGGGAUGAACUGGACAGGUUGUCUGCGUUUGAGAAAAUUGGAUUCCUCGCGGGUUGUCGGAGAUGGUUAUAUUUUGAAAUGAGAAAUACUAUCAAGCACCGCGCCCACAGACUGGCUUAUCAAAAGGUGGCUGAGCGCAUGCUUGCACCGGAGAAUAGGGUCUCGAUCACAAGCAAUGAUUACGUGCUGCUGUCGGGGGUCCUGAAAAGCAUUCACUAUCAAGGCUGGGAGAGUGAUAGAGCGGUAAAUCUUUGGCAGAUGAUCAAAGACAUCGAAGUCGAUACGCACUGCUAG